UGGGACCCAAGAUGAAUGGGGCUGGGUUUAAAAAAGAAUCUAACACAAACAUCAGCAUGGAGGGAAAUAUACAAAACUCUAGAGCCAAAUUUGUACACCCGUGUUUAAAGAGCAUUAUUCACAAUAGCCAAAAGGUGGAAACAACCCAAGUAUCCAUCAGUGGUUGAAUGGAUAAACAACGUGGUAUAUACACACAGUGGACUAUUAUUUAGCCUUAAAAAGGAAGGAAAUUCUGACGUGCUACAACAUGGAUGAACCUUGAGGACUUUAUGCUAAGUGAAAUAUGCCAGUCACAAAAGGACAAAUACUGUUUGAUUCCACUGAGAUGAGAUGCUUAGAGUAGUCAUAUUCAUUGAGUCAGAAAGUAGGGUGGUGGUGGGGCACCUGGGUGACUCAGUUAAGUGUCCAACUUCAGCUCAGGUCAUGAUCUCACAGUUCGUGGGUUUGAAUCCCACAUUGGGCUCUCUGCUGUCAGCACAGAGUCUGCUUGGGAUCCUCUAGUGCCCCUCUCUCUGCUCCUCCCCUGCUCACUCUCUCUCUUUCUCUCUCAAAAAUAACAUUAAAAAAAGGAAAAGAAAUAGUGGUGGUUACCAGAGGCUGGAGGAGAGGAGGGAAUGGGGAGUUGGUGUUUAAUUAAGGGUACAGAGUUUCAACUGGGGAAGAUGAAAAAGUUCUGGAGAUGGAUGGUGGUGAUUGUUGCACAACAGCAUGAAUGUACUUAAUGCCACUGAACUGUAUACUUAAAAAUGGUUAAGAUGGUAAACUUUAUAAGUCUUUUUCCACAAUUAAAAAUAGUUUUUAUAAAAAUAGCCAACAAUAUGUAUCAUCAGAUAGAUGUGUAAACAUUGAGGGAUAAACACAGGAACCCAGCAACACAAAAACACCCUGUCUCCCCUCUCAGGAACAGUUCUCCAGCCCAGAUAAGGGCCCACUUCUACCCGCAAACAAAUCUGGAGAUAAGGCCCUAAUGAGGGCCCUGCCUCCCGGAUACCCCUACAGCUCAUUACCCUCCCACGGUCUGGCUCUGUUUACCCAAUCUCUUACCGUUCAUGUAAUCCCCCACCCCCACCCCCGGUGAAGGACCUCCUUAGAGCAUCUGGUGUUCCAGUGUCUGCCCCUGCCUCUGGAAUGGGAUGGAAUGGCCCAGCAUCUCACCUCUUGGCCUUACCCUGACCCCUGGGCCUCUCACUUCUAGGAUCCUCAAAGACAAAGCCCCAGUCCCAUUCAUCUUGGGUCCCAGGGCCCAGCUCGACAUGGGAACCCCUAGAUCCCUCUGCUCCCUGCCAUGAAUGUGUUAGGCCCUGUGUGAAGCCUCGUGGACAUAAAAGGACCUGUGUCUGGUCUGAACAUGAUCACAGACCAGAUAAAGCAAGUGAAAUCAGUAUUAUACUGGGUUGUGAGACGUGAUGUUAGGUUUCCUGUUGUCCAGGCCAUCCUCAUUGGGCCUCAUCCCACCUUAGAAGGGUAGCACUGUGAGUUGGCACUGUGCACUGUUGUGACCACUUCUGCCUGGCCUGCCUCCCUAACUAACUGCCAUCUACUGACCCCUCUUCUCCAGAGCAAAGCCUCUUACUCAUGCUACUGAGGACUCUGGGACUGUGGCCCUUGUUAGGGGCAGAGAACAGAAACUUGCCUGCUCUGUUUGCCUCCUGACCUUGCAGUGUGCCCCCAUUCCUCUAAAACAACCUUUCUUAUGAGCCAUUUAAUAUGCAGCCCCUGAGGUGGGGAGGAAGAAUGUGGUGUGGCCCAUGCCAGGCCAAGCCAUGUGGAACAGCAUUUCUCAGGGGUGGGCCUGGGUCCACCGUCCCAGGUGCACCGGGGUACUUGUAAAAAAGCAGGCUUCAGAGGUUUACUCAGAUUUUCUGGAUUUGAAUCUCAGAUGGGUGAAUCCUGGGGAUCUGCAUUUUAACACUCCCCAGCUGUUCCUGGGGACUAGGGUAAAAACCACUGCUGGAGAUCCUUGGAGGAUGGACUCAGAGCCAGGGUGGGGGUGGGCAGCGGACUGUGAGUGUCACACUUAGGGAGGUAGAGAGCGGCAGAGCCAUCAUGGGAGCAGAUGGGCCCAGACGGGGGACAGAUAGGUGCUGAUGUCCUUGACAGCUCUGUGUGACGCCCUGUUCAGUUAUUUAGGGCCUGUAUGCAAGGUGUGCCAAGGCUUGUGAUAUCCACCGUGGUAUGUUUAGGGUUAUGGCUUGUCUCUGAAUUAACAUUUGGGUCAGUUCACAUGGGUUUGAUCGAAACGUAUGGUCUGCAUAUGACAUGUCAGCCUAUCUACUUGUGUGUUCAUGUCUUUAUCUCGGUAUCUUGAGUCAUUUAUCCACCCUGGUGUGUGUGUGUGCGCGCGAGUGUAUGUGUGUGUGUUGUGCAUGUGUGUGUCUGAACAGGACUGGGCCCCUCUGGACCAUAAUCCAACCUCUAUGGGGGCUCUGGAAGGUCAGGGUUUGGAGGAAACUUGCUGGGAGCCUGGUGGGGCUGGGGCAGGUGAAGGUGGGGUGGUGCCAGGGUGGGGGUGGGCAGGAGUGCGUGCUAAGGGCCUGGCACUGCCAUUUCCCUGAGCGGGCGAGUCUCAACAGCAGGCAGACAGGUGAGGCUGACCCAACAGGUUCCAGAGGCCAGGGGCAAUGGGGCGGAGCAUGGCUCUGAUUUAGGGUGGCAACGUGUUGGGGGCCCUGGCACAUACGGGGCAGGCAGGCAGGAGGUGGUUCUAUUGGUAUCUUCUUCCUGCUGCAGCCGGCCCAGGGUGCAGGCCAUGGAGCCUACUGGAGGGUGAGGGCAGCCAGGUGGGCAGGAAUGUUCGGAGGCCUAGGGCCUGGGGACUUGGGGGCCCAGGGCAUGGCGGGACCCCUGCGGGGCCGGGUGGAGGAGCUGAAGCGGCCGUGGUGGCGGGAGGCCUCACCGCUGGUGCUCCAGCACAGUGAGGCUGCCCGGCUGGCGGCCGACGCCCUCCUGGAGCGGGGCGAGGCCGCCUACCUGCGGGUCAUCUCCGAGGAGCGGGAGCUGCCCUUCCUGAGUGCUCUGGACGUGGACUACAUGACCAGCCAUGUGCAUGGGGGCCCUGAGCUCAGCGAGGCCCAGGGACUGGAGGCCUCAGGCCCUGAUCGCCUCAGCUUGCUCUCUGAAAUCACCUCAGGCACUUACUUCCCCAUGGCCUCUGACAUAGACCCCCCGGACCUGGACUUGGGCUGGCCUGAGGUUCCGCAGGCCACAGGCUUCAGCCCCACCCAGGCUGUGGUCCACUUCCAGCGGGACAAGGCCAAGAACAUCAAGGACCUUCUGCGUUUUCUCAUCAGCCAGGCCCGCACGGUGGUAGCUGUCGUGAUGGAUAUAUUCACGGACAUGGAGCUUCUGUGUGACCUCAUGGAGGCCUCGAGCCGGCGUGGUGUCCCUGUCUACCUGCUUUUGGCUCAGGAGCACCUAAGGCACUUCCUGGAGAUGUGCUACAAGAUGGACCUCAACGGGGGGCACCUGCUGAACAUGCGUGUGCGGAGCACAUGUGGGGACACAUACUGCAGCAAGGCCGGCCGCCGCUUCACGGGGAAGGCCCUGGAGAAGUUUGUUAUCAUCGACUGUGAGCAGGUGGUGGCAGGCAGCUACAGCUUCACCUGGCUUUGCAGCCAGGCCCACACUAGCAUGGUGCUGCAGCUGAGGGGCCGCAUCGUGGAAGACUUUGACCGGGAGUUCCGCUGUCUGUAUGCCGAGUCUCGGCCUGUGGAGGGCUUUUGCGGUGGUGAGGGUCCCGUAUCUCCCAGGGCACUGUGUCCUCCCACAGUGGCCCUGGGCUUCCGGCCCAGUGUGUUGAGCCCUGCAUCCUCCUCACCCUCCAGCACCAGCCUUAGCAGCAUCAAACGCUCACCUCUAAUGGACCACUCCUCUUACCUCAGUCCACCAGGAGGCGGUGGCUGCAGUGACACGGGUAUGGAGUCCUCAUCCCUGGGCCCUGCCUGCCGCGGGGCCAGUGGCCAGCCCUCUCUGAAGCGCCAGCUGUCUGACUCUAACCAUGGCUCCCUGCCAGGGCCCUACAGGUCCAAUCUAGGCAAGUUGGGGGUGUCCCCAUGGUCCCAGUCCUCCCCUGCCCUCAACCACAAUGGUGCCAGCCCCUUGACCCUGGCAGUGGGGUCACCUAUGCUUGCCCGCCAACGCCCCCUCCUCCCCUUCCCCCAGGGUGUUUCAGCCCUAUCCCGGCUCCCAGAGAAUGGGCUCCUGAGAAGCCAGGAGUCUAGUCCCCAACGAAGUCGCUGGGUACCUAGCACAGCCCUGGAGACAGUGGAGGAGAAGAAGGUGUCUCUGAAUCAGAGCCAUGGCCAGUUGGAUCUCCUUGUCCCCUUCCCCAGAGCCAGAGAAGCUGGAGGCCCUGAUUCUGGGGUUGACCCCAGCUUGGGCUCCUUCUGGCCUGGAGAGCAGGCUCCAGAGGACAGGCGGUUGUCCCCAAACCAGAGAUAUAACCAGCUGGAUCUCCUGCCCCAGACCCAGGGUGCUGGGGGUACCCCUGAGUCAGGUUCCCCCAGACCUGGCAAUCAAAUUCCAGAGGACAAGAGGCUGUCCUCAAAUCACAGCCACAGCCAAUUGGACCUCCUGGUACAGUACCCCAAGGCUGGGGGCUCCAGAGUGCCCCCUGAAGCCAACUCCUCAGCCAGGGCUGACAAGCAAAGUCUUGAUGAGCGACGACAGACCCUGGGCCACAGCCAGCUGGACCUCAUCACAAAGUUUGGCCCAUUCCGGGGUGAGGGGGCUGGGCCCAGUGGUCUCCCCAGACCAAGCCCUGCUCGAAAGGCUGGAGUGGGCUCUGGGGAUGAGAAUAGGCUGACCCUGGGCCACAGCAAGCUGGACCUCAUUACCAAGUAUCAUCAAUUGCAGGGCACCAGGCAAGGACCUGACCCUGGCCUCCCUGGGGGCCCCACAGGUGGCCAUCACAAUGGCAGUAGCAAUGGCCUGUCAGGGGAUGAGAAGCGGCUGACCUUGGGCCACAGCAAACUGGACCUCAUCACUAAGUACAACAAGUCCAAGUUCAAACUUCUCCGAAGCCGCUUUGAGUCCUAGUUCUGCUCCCAGCAAGGACAUGUCCUUCCUCCAUCUACUUGGAUUCUAGAUUUACUCAGGUUCCAGACUCUGGGGUUCUCCAGCAGGGCUGCAUGGGGAGCAGAGGGUGUCUAGAAGCUCAAGUCAGAUACUCACUGAGUUCAGAAUUCUUGUUUACACACACACACACACACACACACACACACACACACACACGAAAAUAGAAACCACAGUACCUGCCAUUUGCCACUGUGCUGGGUGCCCUACACAGGUUAAUUCUCAUCCUUCAUCCUCACAACAUUCUACAAGAUAGACCUCUAGCAGGUAUACAUUUCUAGGAUCAUAGGUACUAUCUUCCCUAUUUUAUAAAUGUGGAAGCUGAGGCCCAGAGAGUUUGAUGACUUGCUUGGAAUCAGAUCCAAGUGGAACCAGUGGCAGAGCUGGGGCCCAAACCCGUGUCCCUAAUGCUUAAGAAUGUGUUUUUGCACAGACAUGACACACCAUUAUCAACAGUUCACAUGUCCCCAUGCACACAAAACACACACAUCACAGAGAUGCCCCAAAUGCCUGUACAACACACACAACACCCUGACAGGGUUCAUACCCACAAACUGAAUACCCAUUGACACUCAGUAAGUAAACGAAGGUCCAUGUGAUAAACCCAAACACUCAGAAUUCUAGUUACAGGUACUCAAUAAAUGUAAUAUGGCUAAAUGAGUAGCGAAACAAAAUAUAUGCAUUCAGUGCACACUGUAGACCCCUCAGGAUCCACAGACAAUAAAUAUGCACAUAACCACAUACACACACCAUACACACACACAUAGGUAUGCACACAGCAACCACUAUCUUCUUUGGCCCAAGCUGUGUACCUACCACAGGGCUGACAAGUGAAUCAGACUCAGGCCCUGGGAGAUAAGGAUAAAUACAUAAACCAAUGGCAGGCAAGACAGAGCUGUAUCUAACUCAAGGAAUCAGUGGCAGGGGGUGGUGACAGUGGAGUGGUGAGGAAAGUUUCAAAGGAGGCAGACUUUGAGUCAGCCCUUGAAAGAUGGGGAGGAUUGGACAGAUGGAGGAGAAAAGGAAUUCCUGGUAGAGGGAAGCAGGUGAAGAGAGGCCAAGGACAGGACAGGAUGAGUGGGUCUGAGAUGAACUGGGGAGGAUAUAGAGGGUGUGGAUACUCAGACUCUGACACACACACACACACACACACACACACACACACACACACACACAGAAGCAUAGGCUCUGAUAGGUUUUUCGUCUUUUCCUGAGCUCACCACCUGCCUGGGACAAUUUACACAAUACAAAUCAAUAAAGGCAGACAUGCUAUGA